AUGAAGGCAAAACUAGACUACUGUUACAAGACAUAUGCCAAUCGCUACAAGGAUUGGCAUCUUCCCGUCGAUCGCUGCGAGCGAGAGCAGGUCGUUCGAGACCUUUUUGCUAUGGUCUCGGACCCUGCGAAUAUCCAAUCCCCAAUAUCCUCAAUGGGCCCAUCGAGGCUACCUAUCCGACCCCUUCAACCCCAUCCAAGCUCCCAGUCACCACAACCCAUACAACAACCGUAUGCCGUCCCGCCAGAUUAUUUUCUAUUCCCACCACCACUUCCGCCUCACGCACUGCCGCCGCCAUUGCCACCACCACCUGGCCCGCCGCCAGGCCCGCCGCCGCCACGUCCGCGGAGAGAUGAUGGCAGAGACCAUGAGAUGGAUCGUAUGUCCAUCAUGACAACGGAUACAACAGCCACAUGGUCAACCGGAAGCGCCCAAUCUACCUACACCUACCUCUCGGACACGUUUUCGAAUGCCCGCCGUUCAAUCUCUACAAGCAACUCAUCCGUGAGCUCUGCAAGUCGCAUCCCUCCAUCUCCAAUCUUUCCUCAAAGACGGCCUUUGAAACCGCCAAGGCACGACCCCCGGGAUGGCUAUUGGAAUGAUGACCUGCGAGUCGUUCCCUGCGGCAGGGACCAUAGCCACCUGCGGUGGGAUACUCCCUUUCCCACCUGUCAAGGUUGCGGCUUUAGUCAAUGGCACGCUCUUAUGCUUCAAGCUCGAGGCAUCGAUAUCAGUACCUUCAUAACCGCCAUGAUCAGUCUAAGGAACGUAAGCAAAGUCGAUUUUGUAGGGAACCACUCGCUGCAUUUUCUGAUGACCGCUGGAGUGGGUAUCGAGUACUUCACUCCUCAGUUACUCAAUGACACUUCCAGCCAGAACGUCUUCGGGCAGAAUCCGCUUCACGUACUUAACCCCCAAGAUUUAGGAGAUGAGCUGCUUAACCUCUUAGACUGGUUCAAGGGCCGCGAAUGUCCUCCAGGCCUGCUUCUGACUCAGCGCGAUGUCAAAGGACGCACACCAAUGCACUGUCUUCUCCAAUACCCGCUUGAGCGCUACCUCUAUCCCAAGAUAUUGAGCAUCUUCCCGUACGCCCAGCAUCAGCUUCGCUCCUUCGACAUUUCCGGUCGGACGGCAAUCAUGCUGAUGAACAGGACCGCACUGAGGGUCAAGUCCAAAUCUCCAGCGGAUUAUGGCCUGAUACAAGCAGGCAUUACCGAAACGAAGUUGUUUCAGUCCAAUGGGGAUGAUGGCCAAUGUGGCAGCAGGAUGUACGGAUUCCAUGACAUAGCCAGGGGCGCCAGAGGGACAUCGUACAUGGGAUUCUACGAGUGCCGUAUAUGCAACCAUACCAACGCGCAUCGCAAUUCAUACCUCGACCAGAUGGUCUGCGCUUGUAACUCUGGCCGGGAUCGAAAUGGCCCCGAUGAUACGGGGAUGACUCCCGCCCACGCGAUUAUUACACAAGAGCGUGUUAAUGAUGAUCGACAUCAGACCCAAGAGACGCCAUCGCAGACUGCGGAGUUGAUUCGAGUCCUAUUGUCCCCCAAUGAUCCCACGCUACGAGAGGCGAUCCAUGUCCUCGAUCGGGAGGGGAACAGCCUAGUGUACAACCUCGCAACUCGGGGCCUCGAUGAAACGCUCGAAUACGUCCUGGAGCUCGAGGAUCCAUCAAGGAGGCGUGCCAUGGUCAACUUCUGCAGCCGAGGUUCUAAAGGGGUCGAAAUAAGCGUCCUCCGGGGUGUGCUUUCGAAAUAUGAAGAAAUCGCUUCUUUAAUCCGCGUUACCCACGUCACCAGCGAUGCGAGGAUCCGGCAAGGACUCACCGAGAAGCUCAACCGCCUUACCAAAGUGAAACAUAUUCUGGUCCGUUACGGAGCAGAAAUGAAUCCUACCCUCACAACCCGUUGGCAGAUUUAUUGGCCUUAA